AUGGAAAUUUGUCUGGCAAUUUCCUUCUUCGGGGGCGGUGGCCCCAUGGCUGUAUGUAGCCCGAACCAAGGCUUCUGGAUGCAGCUCAUGAGUCUGGAGGCCUCAUUGAACUCCGGCUGCCUGACGGUGUCUGUGGACGACCGACCUCGCUCGAAGAAGGCCAAAGCGAUCAAGGCCGGCGUCGUCCCGUCCCCCUCGGUUGCAGACCCCAACGAUUCGCGUCACUCCUCCUUCCCGUCGACCAUCCCCGAAGAGGCCGAUCCCGAGGAGGGGGCACCGGUUCCGGCUGGCGGCGUGGCAACCUGCUUCACAGCCAAUCGCCUGGUGCACGAGACCCCGACGUCCGAGGACUUGCUGGGCACCACCGGCGUUGGGGCCAUUGCUUCGGAUAUCUAG